AUGGCGAAGCAAACGGAGGUGAGGGCGAGGCCGGCCGCCGCGACCGCGACCUCCGCCGCGCGCGCGCGGCCGCCGCGGGCGUCGGUGCCGGCGUUCGGCGGGUGGGAGGUAGCUGGCGGCGCGGGCUCAGCGGCGCCGGACUACUCGCUGGACUUCACCAACAUCCGCGCCGCCCGGAUGCAGCAGCGCAGGAAGGCGCUCUCCUGGUCCAGCUUCGUCGGCAACGCCGCCGUGGCCGUCGAGACACCCGGCUGUGGCGGCGGCGGCGUGGAGGACGAGAAGCCCCGCCAGUGGUCCUCGGCGGCGACCAGUGACGCGGACGACGACGACGACGACGACGACCGCGAACGACGUCGCCGCCACCAGCUCCGCCGCCUGCGUAGCGCCGACGACGACCGCCAGCCGAUCCAGCUCGGCCGCGCCGCUCCCAAGGGAAGGAGCAAGUUCAAGGGCUACCUGUUUGGUUGUGUGAGUGGACAAUGGUGA